AUGGAGGAGGUACGCAGAAGUACUGGUGGGGCGCGAGGAUCCAAUGAGGCUGUUUCCACCUCAUCUGAGUUCACCCACCUUGCCAUUGUGCACUUAAUCGAAGCUAUGCAACGACGGUGGGAUGUGUAUGGUUCCCGGGAUCGCUCGCGCCUCUUUCAGAGCGUCCAAGAGGAGCUGGAGAGUCUGGGCCAUUCCCUUCCUGUCGAGAGGAUCCGUCGCAAGUGGAACAACCUCAUCGUCACCUACAAGAGGGUGCGAGAGCGCUGCCGUGGAAACUCCCAGGCCAAAACAUCAUGGGAGUACUUUGAGAUGAUGGAUAAUAUAUUUGGGAAAACAAAGAUUGCUCAGGCUAGUCCAGCCUCUGCCACACUCCUCGGGUUUGCAACUACUGCCAAAGCUGCUGCGAGGACAGAGGAACGGCCAUCAAAAAACGUCCCAGUUGCUGCUGUGGCCACGUCCUGUCUGUUUCCGAAUGGCCUCAUAACAACGUCCUCUCAGAUACCAACCUUGGUGCCCUCCCCUCUCCUGUGCACUAUCGCCCAGAAGUCAAAUAUCAGUCCUCCUAGCAGCACUAGUGCCACACUGCCCUCUGUCUCCACCAAACCUGCGACCACUGCCAGCAGGUUGCCCCUGCGAAGGAGGCUGAAGCGAUCUCAGCUAAGCUCCACUACCUCUCUCCUGGCUCAGCAUCACGGGCAUUCGGAAAAGCGUACUGCGCUCCUGCACAAUUUUCUCACCGGUCAGGAAGAGCGGGCUCGGCUUGACGAGCAGAGGCAAAACAAAAUUGAUGCCCGUGAGCGCCGCAAGGAAAAGUCAGUGGCGAAAAUGGCAGAUUCUCUUGGCAGAAUGGCAACAGCACUGGAACUUAUCUCGUCUAAACAGGAUACCAUUAUUGCCCUGCUUCAGAGACUGACCGAUAAAUACUGA